AUGAUCCCUACCUACAUCCUAGCGCCAAGCUUCAACUACCACCCCGACACAUCGAUUUGCAUAGGUGACAUUGUGCAAUACCCCGAAGACCCCACUAAGCCUCUGAGCAGCAUUCCAAAGGCCAAACUCGAAAAGUUAGUCACAAGCCAUUUUGACUAUGAUAACGAGUUGAGCAACCAAAACACCCAGUCACUUCGUGGUAGUGUCUGGGCCAACUUUUUGGAAUAUGCUAGCGCGAGAACCGGUAGUGGCGCAGCCGAUGAGUCGCUGGACGAGUAUACAAUUCGACGGCUCGAAACUAUUUAUUUCAUAAAGCAACCGACAGACAAAGAGGCUGCUGAGCGUGUUAAAGAAGAUCUUGUUCAGGCAGCCGUGAAUUCUGGCAUCCUGGGGAAGAAGCCAGUAUUCAUGAUCACAGGCCUGAAAGUCGCUCGAGGCUUUCAAUGGACAAGCAAAGCCAACUCAACCAAGAACGUUGAUGGCGAGGUCGCGGCUAAAUUCACUCCAGAUGUUGGAGCGGGCACAGAAUAUGAUUAUUCUCGAGGUAAUACAGUUGAGAAAAGUUCUCGAACAGGGCAGGAUAUCAUCUUCGCAUACCAAUUACACAUAAUUACGCACAAGGGUUGGUGGCUCGGAGCGAAGAAGCACGUGGACAUCACUUUAUACAAGGCGCCAGCAGCUUUCCUAAGUGACGAUAAGGAAGGAGAAGAAGAAGAUUCAGUUGGCAUGGUGGAAGCUUCCGAAUCACUCAUUCGCACUUUUGACGAAGAGCUUGAGGUAAAGACCGUAAGUGCUAGGAAUGGCGAUGAGGAAUGUGUCUGUCUAGUAUUGAGAGACGGUUGA